AUGAGGAUGAGAUCGCGAUGGAGGUCAGGAGCAGCCACUCUUCGGAUGCAGGCGUCGCUGUGUAUCCACACCCGGCUUUCCGCAGCCGUAGCAGAUCCGCGGGCCAAGGUGCCCGAGAAUGCCCAGGGGGCCGAAACUACCGUCGAGAUGAAGGCUGACACUAUAUUGCGUCGCAUACGAGAUUCAAUGAAAAGCAUUGGGCUCACAACGGCCGAGCUGUUCUCUUACCUGGAUUUCGACCACGAUGGAGUGAUAACUUUGACCGACUUCGCCGGCUUGCUUAUGUCCUUCGAGCCCGAGUGCAGCGCUUCAGUCCUCAGCCAUGCGUUCCAGCUCUUCGAGCUCCAUCGUGGAGGGCUGAGCCUGGCCAGCUUCUGCAGACUUUGGGAGCGCCAGCAUGGCGAGGUGAGCCCUCAGCUGCUCCGAUGGCUCCCAGGCAAAGCCUGUGGCCGAGUUCUCGGUGCCGAAGCACAAGCGAUCGUGACUCUGGUUCAGUCCAACCUCAUCGGCCUGGCUCCAGAAACCAACGACCUGGAACUCCUGGUCCCAGGGCAUCAGGAAGCUCGUUGGUUGCGGCAGCUCUAUGCAACCUACUACGAAAGACACAACUCGGAGAUUGAAGCUCUGAUGCACGAGUCGCAGGCGACGUUCACAUCAGAGGCGCACUAUCGCACUAUUGCUGCAGAGCAGUCUGAGAUGUUGGAGUCCGAGUUCUACGUUUGGCGAGUUCGCAGUCCAGGUCUCCUACAGCAGUACGCCGGCCAGAGCGGCAUGGAGGGUCGCCACGAAGUGCUGGCCUGGCAUGGGGAUCCCUCGGAUUUGGAUCAGGCCAGCUUGCUGGAAGGCGACUUGCGACCCACUGGGAGGAUGCUGGGGGGCGAGUUGCCGUGGCGGCUGGCCGCGCAACCGCUUCAAACCUUUGGCAAAGGGGCUGAAUGGACCCUUUUCUAUCUGUGCCUGGUCCGUAUUGCGCCGUCGGAGAUGAGCCGACUGGCGGCGGUUGAAGACUCCGGCCGCGUGCUGCCGUUGUAUUGCCUGGCUCAUCCAUCGCUUUGGCUCAGCGGUGCUGGUGGCGACUGGCCCUAG